AUGAGCCAAUUCAAAGUUGAUGCAAGACCCAUGCAACUAUACAGAGCUAAAAGGAAAGUUAUGGAUGAGUUAGAGGGAAACCAUGGAGAAGCAUACAUUUUGCUUCCUAAGUAUGCUAAUGAAAUUUUCAAAUCUAAUCCUGGUAGUAUCAUGAAGCUUGAGAGGGACUUGCCUAGUAUGACAUUUAAAAGAAUUUUUAUGUCUUUAGAAGCUAUGCAAUAUGGAUUCAAGAAUGGUUGCAGGGGGUUCAUUGGAUUGGAUGGUUGUCACCUAAAGACCCUUUAUGGUGGUGUGCUCUUGUUUGCUAUAGCCCUUGAUGGGAAUAAUGGCCAUUUUCCACUGGCUAUGGCUGUGGUGGAGAAUGAAGGGAAAGAAAAUUGGAAAUCCUUCCUUCAAGAGUUGCAAACAUUUGUUGAACUUGGUCAAGAUAGACAUAUCUGCUUCAUGUCAGAUCAGCAAAAGAUAAAAACUUCAUUUAUUACAUCUAGAGCCUAUAAUGAUUACACAUUUAAUGAGGCAAUGAGGCAAAUGAGGGAGGUGUCAAGAGAGGCUUAUAAUUGGGUCUUAAGAAUAGAUGUGUACAAGUGGUCAAGGCAUGCAUUUUCUGACCAGGUGAAGAGUAACCAUGUCACUAAUAAUUUUAGUGAGUCAUUCAACAAUUGGGUUGGGAAGCUUAGGUAUAAACAUAUUUUAGUGCUGCUUGAUGGUAGUAGGAGCAAAUUGAUGAGCAGACUCCUAAUGGGGGCUGAAAAGGCCAGUACUUGGGUAGGAUUGGUGACCCUAAACAUUAGGGAAAAAUUUAAUAAGUUGAUUGAUGAGUCUAGAUCAUGUAAUGUUACCCCAGCAGGGCAAGAUGAGUAUGAAGUCAUAAAUGAGGAAGGAAAACAUAUAGUGAAGCUUAGAUCAAGGUCAUGUGAUUGUAGAGGAUGGCAGAUUUCUGGCCUCCCAUGCAAACAUGCAACUGUAGCCAUAACACACAAAAGAACAUAUAUUGAACAGUACUGUGAUCCAUAUUUCUAUAAUGAAACAUACAUGAGAACUCAUUCUAGUAUGAUUCACCCAAUACCUGAUCAGAGAAUGUGGACUCCUGUGCAUUGUAACCCUGUGGAACCUCUAGUUCCAAGGAAAAAGCCUGGCAGACCAAAAAAAGCCAGGACUAGAGAUGCAGAUGAGCCUGCAGCUACAACUAGUGAUGCUAGAAAGAGCAAAUCCCUACAAUGCUCACACUGUGAAGAAUUUGGGCACAACAAGAGAACAUGCAAAAUGAUGAGGCCUACAUCAGCUACUCAAUUUGGGUGUCAAAGCUCAAUGAGGAAUAUAGGUAGAAAAGCCACUGCAAGUACCAACCAAGUUGGAAGAGAGUGUGCAACCUCAAAUCAAUCAAAAAGCACCAACCAAGCUGGAAGAGGGUAUGCAAGCUCAAGGUCAAAUCAAGCAGGAAAAGGCAUUGCAAGCACCAACCAACCUAGACAAGGCUCUGUAACAUCAAAUCAACCAAGAAGACCCAAUGCAGUCAAAUUUGCAGUUCGAAGAGGUACUGGAAGAAGUAGCCAAUCUGGAAGGGACACUUGA